UUUAUUUUGCCAACUCGGGUCUCUAAAGUCUGCUUAUGACGUCAUUAUUCAAGCACUGUCCUCCUGUGACUUUUUCGUGCACGUUCCUUCUUCUUGUCGGUUAGUGAAGCAGUAGUACAUCAGAUAUCCUCCCGAGACUUUCAGGAUACUUAGGGCCGUGGCUUGUCGGAGGCAGGACCAUCUCUCCCUCUCCCUCUCUCUCUCCCUCUGAGUGAGGAACUCUCAACUCAUCUCCCUCCCAUUUACGCCUCCUCUUCCUCCUCCUCCUCCUCCGCCUCCUCUUUUCCCCCCUCUCUCCGCAGCUGCAGCCUCAGUUGACCAGCGUCGCAACCGAGCGAUGCUCUUCCCGGAGAAUCUCUGACAUCACCGCUGACUGACAUCUACCUUUUUUACCUUCCCAAAUUUAUCCUAAUCCCGUCGGCGUGUGAUCUGAGAAACUUCACAGGACAAGGGCUGUUGUUCGGUUUUUGUUUUUUAAUUUUUAAAUUUACACGUCUGAAAACUGACCUCCUCCCGCAACAGGCAUUUUUUCCUCGCUCUUCAACCGAGUCUCCCCCGUGGGAGGAUCUGAUUUCGAAAUAGCGAUUACAUUAAUGUUUAUGGAAAGACACAGACACUGUCAACCGAUAACUUAAUCGAAGAUGUUUCGGGAAACGCUGGGCAGACUCGCCUGAUUUUUGGUAAGCUGUCCUCAGUCGGUGUGUGUUUUGGAGACUGAAAGCAUCUUCAUCCAGACGAAGAAGGAGAAGAGGAGCCAGCGGAGUGUCCACAGAUUGUUCUGAGGUCUGGAUGACAGAGCUGAGGAAAGAGAGAGAGAGAGAGAGAGAGAGAAUUAAAGUUUGAUUCAGGGCGUGGACAACAGUCUUUGUCCUCCGUCUGUCUCGUCCGUCUCCACGCUCGCCGCCGUCGUCGGCCCUGUCUCCUCAGAGGUCAGCCGUAGGAUGAAAGGAUCUGUUGCUCCACUGAGGGCGCGGAGCAGCGAUCAGCAGCCAUGCUGUCCGUGGACGAGCCUCUGGACUUGAAGGUUCCCUCCAGUCGGACAGAAGGUCCGCUGAGGUCCGGGAAGAGGGCGUGUCCCUCCUCCAUCUGUGCCCCUCUCAGCGCCACGCGACCCCGCCUCCUAUACGCAACCUUUCCUUCGCCUCCCUCCUCGCCAGAUUCCCAGUCUCCGUCUCAAGAACGACCCGGGUCCUGCUUCACUCCUCCGGCAAUGGACCUCAGCCUGUCCCCCUCCUCCCGCCAUGCUCCCUCCCUCUCCCCUUCCUCUUCCUCCCGCUCCUCCCCUUCCCCUUCCUCACCCCUGGAGCCUCCUCACAGCAGUCGCAGCCCACAGCCACACAUCUUCUGUCGCGAACCAGUUCUUCACCUGGGCGUGGAGGGCAGGGCCUCACCUCAGGGCUUCCCCUUCUACCUGCCCAUGGGAAGCCCCCCCCGGGCCUACACCUUCCCCUCCUCUGUGUUUGUCAGCCCCAACAGGGAGAAGCAAGUGUCGCCGGAGCCUUCGGUGGACGGACAGCUAGCCUGCAGAUGGAUGAAAUGCCACCUACUGUUCGACUCCCUACAGGACCUAGUGGACCACAUCAAUGACUUCCAUGUGAAACCUGAAAAGGAUUCUGGGUACUGCUGCCAGUGGGAGGGCUGCGCUCGCAAUGGACGAGGCUUUAACGCCAGAUACAAAAUGUUGAUUCACAUCCGUACUCAUACUAAUGAGAAACCACACCAUUGUCCCACCUGCAACAAGAGCUUCUCACGACUGGAGAACCUGAAGAUCCACACGCGCUCACACACAGGAGAGAAACCCUACAUUUGUCCCUACGAAGGCUGCAGCAAACGGUACUCCAACUCCAGCGACCGUUUCAAACACACUCGUACUCACUACGUGGACAAGCCGUACUACUGCAAGAAGGCGGGCUGCCUGAAGCGCUACACAGAUCCCAGCUCCCUCCGUAAGCACAUCAAGGCCCACGGUCACUUCGUCGCCCAGGAGCACGGGGCUUCCAGUCGACUGGGCUCGGGGCUGAGCCUGCCCGGCCCCCAGAGCAUGACGGACCUGCCGUCUACAGUGGGGGCGCCUAUCAUCGUCCCAGGGGCUGCUGCAGCCCUCCUGGGGGGUCUGGGGGCUUCUUUGCCCCUCUCUGCUUUCUGCCACGCGAGGUCCCUGGGCCACCCUGGGGCACCACUGUUCCCUAUAGGGGGGGGCAGCAUGGGGCCCCUUGGCCUCUCAGACUCGCCGCUGUUGCACUUUGGACUUUCCGCAGCGUCAGUGUUGGGGCUCAGUGCUCUGGGAGGUCUGAGGAGGAGGGCGAGGAAGGAGACAGGAGGUGACGAAGAGGAGGAGGAAGGAGAGGUUCUGAACCUGUCAGGUGGGGUGGGUCCCAGACGUAGUGAUCCUUUAUCUUGGGUGGUUGUCCCCCCCAGGGCCCUGCUUCUCAAACCAGCUGUCGUUAGCUAGGAACGUGCGCUAGGCUAGCGGGACAGAUGAAAGGCUUCAAUGGUUUUCCAGUUACGCAGGUGUGUUAUGUUCAGGAACACAGGGUGACAAUGACUUUAGAAUUAUAAUUACAGCUAACCACUAGGACGAUCACAAUCGUGCAGUACUGUGGAAACGCAAAACAAACAGAGGCAGUGUAUCAUUUGACAAAACACAAACAAGAGGAGCUUUAAGACUGUGGCACAGAAUAUAAACACACAGAGUGACAUCAUCAGUGUGCUAAC